AUGGCCACAGCCGAAGUUCGUAAUGGCUUCAAUACCAGAGCAGCGGCCCUACUCGCACCCGUCCCCCUCUCCGAGAAGACCGACCUCUCCGCAUCCCGCCCUCUCUCCAACGCCUCCGUAAUCUCCUCCGGUCCAACGGCGAACUCGGCGAACGAGAAGCAGUCCGACAGGUCUCCUCCGCGAGCGUCACCGAGCGCUUCGGCAACACGCACAAAGUCCUUUUCGCUAUCCUCCAAUACGAACACUCUGGCUUCAUCACCCUCGAAUGGCGCGGCGGAGAUCAAGCACGGCAGAGUGCGGACCAUACCACCAUGGGUCCAAUCCGUGCAAGAAGACGACGAUGACCUCGACCCUACCAAGCGACUCCUCCCUCCACGUAUACCCGCCUACGCCCAACCCGCCUCUCAUUAUUACAUGCCCGCACCGAAACCCAACGCCGUAGCUGGCCGGCACUACGACCACGUGCGAGAAAGCACGCCCGUAACCAUACGAGCGCCGAUAAGCGAGCGUGCGACCAAAUGGCAGCAGUUCGCCAGAUCCACAGCGUACGGGUGGCCAUCACUCGGGCCCGUCGAGAUAGUCGACGAGGAGUGGAUGCGCGAGAACCUGGGCGAUCUAGAAGCGCCCUGGCAAGCGGACGCCUCCAACAAAGACCCCGAGAAGGACCCCGGCUUCUGGCUCUUCAAGCCCGCGAAGCGGAAGGCGCGGUUCCAGCGCGCGCACCGCACCCUAAUGCGCAACCCUAUGAUUCCUCUCGUCUUCCGCAUGAUCGUCCUCGCGUUCUCCGCCCUCGCCCUCGGCCUCUCUAGCACCAUCUUCCACAAAGCGAACAUCAAUGGCUGCGCCCGGGGCGGUAGCACUUGGCUGGCCGUGAUUGUCGACGUCGUGGCUAUCGUCUACAUCUGUUAUAUCACCUACGAUGAAUACACAUCCAAGCCGCUAGGACUAAGGUCUCCGGGGGCUAAGAUGCGGCUCAUCUUCCUCGACCUGUUCUUUAUCGUCUUCGACAGCGCAAAUCUGAGCCUGGCGUUCGGCGCGCUCACGGAUGAGCAAUGGGCGUGUAGAGAUGGCAUUAUGGUUGACGAGGGCGUGCCGUAUAGCACGUGCCCGUUUAACAGUGAAAUUUGUACGAGACAAAAGGCGCUAACGGCUACACUACUGGUCGCGCUGGUCGCCUGGUUGGCCACGUUUGCUGUUAGUACGCUUAGACUUGUCGAGCGCGUAAGCGGCAGGUAG